UGGCUCUCCGUCCUGCGUUCGCUCCGAUGAUGACGUCACGCACAGCCAGCAGAAACAUGGCGACGAAGGCUCUUCGUCAGCGCAGCAGACGGGGAAGCAAACAAGACGCGAACAACGUGAACAGCACACCUACCACUGACAACCGAGCAACAAAAGACGACAAAUGUGUUGAGGAAAAUAAGUCCAGUGACCCCCGAAAUGAUUUGCUCCCAGAUAAGCACAUUAGCUCCUAUCCCCCGCCUCUCCUUUACAGGUCAUCCAGUAAAGCAGGACAGGUGUGGGCUCCUGAGGGCUCCACGGCCUUCAAGUGCCUGGUUUCAGCCCGCUUCUGUGCUGCGCUGCUCAGUAACAUCUCGGACUGUGAUGAAACCUACAAUUACUGGGAGCCAACUCACUACCUGCUGUAUGGAACAGGAAUGCAGACAUGGGAAUAUUCCCCGGCCUAUGCGAUUCGUUCCUAUGCGUAUCUUUGGCUCCAUGCCCUUCCUGCCUGCUUUCAUGCCAAACUAUUACAAACCAACAAGGUCCUUGUGUUUUAUUUCCUGCGCUGCAUGCUAGCUUUUACCUGUUGUGUGUGCGAGCUCUACUUCUACAAGGCCGUGUGUAAAAAGUUUGGUUUGCAUGUGGGCCGGCUUCUGCUGGCGUUCCUCGUCCUGAGUGCAGGGAUGUUCUGCUCCUCUGCAGCUUUCCUCCCCAGUACGUUUUGCAUGUACAGUACAGUGGUAGCUAUGACUGGCUGGUUCCAGGGGCGCCCAAGUCUGGCUGUGCUGGGUAUUGCAGCGGGGGUCAUAGUGGGCUGGCCCUUCAGUGCCCUGCUGGGAAUACCCAUUGCCUUUGACCUGUUGUUUCUGAAGAAGAAGUGGAAGAGUUUUAUCACAUGGACUCUGGUGGCAUUGCUCCUCUUUCUGGUCCCUGUUGUUGUAGUAGACAGCUACUACUAUGGCAAGCUGGUGAUUGCUCCUCUGAAUAUAAUACUAUACAACGUGUUCACUCCUCAUGGGCCAGAUCUUUAUGGUACACUUCAGAUCAUUUGUAUAUACAUUUUGAAAAUAAUAUUGACUCAUAUUAAAAUUAAACUAAAAUGGUUUACAGUAAAGCACGUAAUUGUUCAUUCUUCUCAGUGCCAUAAGAUGGCAUCAGUGAUUUUGCUAAACCUGCGUAAAGUAUGCAUGUUUUCUGUCUGUUUAUCCAUGUAGAAGUGCUAUCACUUCAUAUUCCAGCGCUACCGUCUGGAACACUACACCAUCUCCUCCAACUGGCUGGCUCUCGGCUCUGUGCUGCUGUUUGGAGUGCUCUCGCUGUCCCGAUCUGUGGCCCUCUUCAGAGGCUAUCAUGCUCCGCUGGAUUUGUAUCCAGAGUUUCAUCGCAUUGCUAAAGACCCUGCAAUCCACACGGUUCCAGAAGGAAGACUGGUCAAUGUUUGUGCGGGGAAAGAAUGGUACCGCUUCCCCAGCAGUUUUCUCCUGCCCAACAACUGGCACUUACAGUUUAUCCAGUCAGAGUUCAGGGGUCAGUUACCUAAGCCAUAUUCCAUGGGUCCUGAUGCCACCUGGAUGAUCCCAUCAGACAUGAAUGAUCAGAAUCUUGAGGAGCUGUCACGAUACGUAGAACUGAAGCAGUGUCAUUACCUGGUGGAUCUGGCAACAGAAACAGAAGCCCCUCGUGAACCACGAUAUGCCAAUAACAAAGAGGAGUGGAGCAUUAUUGUUGAAAAGCCUUUUCUAGACACUACUAGGUCGUCCAGAUUGCUCAGGGCCUUUUUUAUCCCAUUUCUGUCUGAGCAAUACACCACCUACAGCAGAUAUGUCAUCCUCAAACCGAGACGACCCAAGCAAACCCGGAAAAGAACGCAAGCCUGACCUGCCUAUUUUUCCUUCAUCGCAUCCCUCCAUAAGUCCUUGCUUCAUCAUUUGGUCCCAAGGUGCUCCUCCUAAACUCUUUUUGUGCACAAAUGUGAUUGUGUUUGUGCGUGAUGAAUGAAUGAUUGCCAGAGUGACCGUCUUGGCUAUCAAGCCAUGCAGUAUCGGCUUGUAUGUAGACUUCAGUGGUGCUGGCCAUCCUGGACAGUUCCAGCACAGAGCAUGGAUGCCUUACCUGUCUUUCCCGAUCAUCUCCGCUUCAUUCCAUUCCCUUUGUUCCUUUAUUCCUGCUUGGGCUUCUCUGCAUCUUUCUGAAGCGUUUCAGAAGAUUUCUGUUUAGACAACUCUUUAAGGACUACAGUCCCUUGUUUGUUAUGACCUCAUCCUUGAUCUGGGACAAUGAACUGAACAUUAAUGCAGACCCAAACCAGAUCUCAUGUGUCAUCAUCCAUCCAUCCAUCCAGAGCUGAACUUCCUGUUUGAGCAACUGGUCCAGACCAGCCCUCAGCAUCUCAAGAUGAAAGUUGCACCAAAAACUCUCUUGGUUUCCUCCAGUUCCGUCAUCAGUAAAUGUGGCCAUGGACUGUGAGUUCAGACUGCAGACCAGGACUGUUGAGUGUUUGCAUUCCAAAUCAUGUUUGUCAUCUUAAUCAUAUCAGUGUUAACUGUGAUUGAGUCAAAUAAAAGAAGGCUGUCUUAAUGUGUGGCUGGGCCAUCUCAGAAAGCCUAGAAAUAUCAGGGAA